CAGGAUCUGCCUAGUAACAGAUGUGGAAGCAGAAGGAAGACUGCUGGUGUUAAGAGGAUGAAACAGGUUGCUGUAGAUGACACUGAAGAUGUCUCUCUUGACUUGGGAAAUGAAGAAGAACUGGCGUUAAGAAAAGCAAAAAUUAGGCAUCCCCUGGCUACGUUCUUUCAUCUGUUUUUUCGAAUUGGUGCUAUUGUUGCCUAUUUGUUCUGUGACUGGUUCAGCAAAAGCUUUGUAACAUGCUUUGUCACUAUCCUGCUCCUUCUGUCCUUUGACUUUUGGUCUGUUAAGAAUGUUACUGGCAGACUUUUGGUUGGCUUACGCUGGUGCAACCAGAUUGAUGAAGAUGGAAAAAGUCACUGGGUUUUUGAAGCCAAAAAGGUUUCAUCUAAUAAUUCAGCAUCAACGGAGGUUGAAGCUCGAAUCUUCUGGCUGGGUUUAAUUAUCUGCCCCAUGAUAUGGACUAUUUUUUUCUUUAGCACGUUGUUUUCUCUCAAGUUAAAAUGGCUGGCACUUGUGAUUGCUGGAAUUUCACUCCAGUCAGCAAACCUUUAUGGCUAUGUUCAUUGUAAAACAGGAGGACAAAAAAAUGUAGGAAGGGCAGCUUCUAGGUUCUUGUCCCAACAACUCUUCCAGCGG